AUGUACGGCCUGAAACAACUAUCGCUUCUGAGCUUGAUGCUUCUCUCAGUAUCGGCCGCGAAAAAAGAUCCCCAAAGAACACUUGUUGGCAUUGAGACAGCGGAGAGGAGCCGCGGUGUUGACGUACCACUGAAUGAAUGCCAUGAGCUCGAGGAAGAAGAUGUUCUCACCAUUUCCCUGAAAAGGCCUUGCCGCCUCUUCACUGGCCCCCUGUGCACUGGUCACAACACGUUCCUCAGCCCCGGCGCGCACUCUUCCGAGGAACCGAUCCCCGUUAUUGAGUCCAUCUUCUGCCAGACAUCAUUUUAG